AUGGUGUCUGUCGCUCUCCGACAUCUUACCAGCCAGCAGUGUGGGACUGAUCUUCACUCAGUCUACCAGAUGAUGCUUCAAGGCCACACCUUUAAGACCUUGAAGACCCAACCAGGUACACUAGAAUGCAGACAGGCCUGCCUCGCUGAUAUCAGAUGCCAAAGCUAUAACGUCGUGUUCAAAGGGAUAUGUGAGUUAAAUAACAGAAUUAAGGAGGCUAGACCGGACGAUUUUGUCAAAGACUUGGAGCGGUAUUACGUGAAAAGCUCAACAAGAGGUAAGAAAACUAAUUAAAAGUAAACUAUUUAUGAGAAACGAGUUACUAACUUCAGAAAACAUCUAGCGUGGAUUAUGCUAAACCUGUCAUUCGUAUGAUAUCCAUGAUGUCUUCUCCAUAGAGAUGUCCUCUCCAUAGUUCUCCAUGGUUUAGUCGCGUAAAGAGGCCAACAAGGUCGGACAUGACUCGCACGAGCCUGUUAUUUUUUCGGUUCCAUGUCAAAACUUACAACUUUAUUCAUCACGAAAUCAUUAUAAUUUAUACAGAGUGCAGUGCUCGUGCUUAUGUUAAUUGCAUAGUUGUGCGUGCUGUGCGAGAGCGAAGGUGACAUAGUGUAACAAGCCAGCAAAAGGCUGAGGUCAAGUAAAAGAGUAAUGGAACGCUCAAGUACGAUGGAAAGUUACUCUAUUCAAAGCUGGAUAACUGCAAUUCCGUUCUCUGAAAUAAAAAACAGGACCUCAAUUUCGCAAUAGUAAAGGAACAUAAAAAACUUAAAUUGUUCAGUUUUCUGUUGUAGGGCCAAGGUAAGAAGCGCUGUGAACGAAAAAUACGAAAAAUGGAACUCGUGCAUUAUUUUCCUCACGUGGGUUUCCAAAAACCUAACGUCAAGCAAGUCCUGAAUCUCUAAGAUUUUUCAACGAGACGCGCGCUGGAGGCUUGGUCGAAUCUCAAAGUUUUCCUCAACAUCCAAUUGGCUGCAAAAGCAAAACAAUACAGAAACACAGAUUGCCUAGAGACCCUUUCGUUUAACAUCUUCCGGGCCAAAACGGCGUUUUAAAUUUUGUUUCGUUCACACCCAGUCCCACUAGGUUCCGUUCCUGGGGUGCCAGCCGAUUCGUGUAAAGAAAUCAAGGCGAGUGAGGGUGGACAAGCGAUCAGCGGUAAUUAUUGGUUGGAUUCCACCAGAUCUGGAAAUUCUAUCUUAGCUCGCUGUGACAUGAAAACAGAGGGUAGGGAAAACAAAACACUUUCUUCUCUCACAUGUGCGUAGCGAAUAUUGACAGAAAAAAAGUCUGGAAUGUCUAUUGAUCAUUUGUUAUCAUUUUGGUUUAGUUGCAGACUAUUGCAUCAAGCAUAAGUGUCAGAACAGUGCAGCAUGUGUAAACAGGAAUGUGAAUUACACAUGUGCGUGCACCUCAUCAGGAUGGACUUUACCCUACUGCGAAAAAGGUAGAAUCUAAGUACUAAAUCUGAAUAGGGUUUUUAGUAAAUAUCAAUUGUGUUUAUUCUCUUUCCUAUGACCUUUUAGAUAUCAAUGAAUGCAAAGCAGGCAUCCACGAUUGCCAUAGCAACGCUGAAUGCCAAAACACUAAUGGCUCCUACAUCUGUAGCUGUAAACCAGGAUUUCAAGGAGACGGAAAACAGAAUUGCAAUGGUGAGAAGAGCCUUCAUGGCUAUGAGCUCAUUAUUCCAAAAAUUUGGUUUCUUUCUUGAAAAGGAAAUCCUCAGAAAAAAAAUUCUUAUUUUCGAAAUUGAUAGCUGCGAGCAGAAAAAAAUUGGCAAUCACUAGUGUAUUUGCAAACAAGGAUUUCAUGGAUAUGGAACAAAAAGCUGAACAGGUCAGAAAGAAUUUGGAAAAAUAAAAUAUCCAUAUGUAAAGAAAAAUUUGGGUGAAGUUUUACUUUUCGAAUAGAGGGAUGUUAUUAGUCAGUAUGUCAAGUAUGUUUUGAUUCUCCGUAUCAUGUGGUUAAAACUUAGAACACCGGCCUCAUUUAACUAUUUUACUUUAAGGACUUCAACCAACUCUGCUCCUUGGAGGGUCCAUCAGACACCCUCUUUCUAUGUUUACGAGACUUUUUGCUGGCCUCCCUACAGAUAAUGCCAUUUUUACCCCGGUCAGUUUGUUAGAACAGCUACGCCUUCAGUAUUAUCUUAGCGACGUAGUGCUUAAUGGUUUUAAGCAUGGGCCUAAUAUCAUUUCCAUUCUUCAUUCUCGAUCUGAACCUGGUCCAAAUUAUAAACCUGCUCUCUCUCUCUCUCUCUCUCUCUCUCUCUCUCUCUCUCUCUCUCUCUCUCUCUCUCUCUCUCUCUCUCUCUCUCUCAGUGCUCCUCUCUCUCAAUGAAAGUGUGCAACUUCUUUGUCAGUGCAUUCGUUAAAUUCCUGGUGUCUGAUACGUCAAACUCAAAAUUUUUAGUCAUAAAUUUAAGCAUUGUUCUUAACUUGAAGAACAUUAUAUUUAAGUGAAGAAAUGGUCCUCUUAAUCAGGUGAGCAACAACUAAGCAAUUUACCACUGAGACAAAGUUGUUCUUUCAUCGUUGAAGCCGUUCCAUCCCUAUUUCUAAUCGUGUGAGUUUCCGACUUAUUAUUUUGGACUUAUCUCUGAUAUUUAGAUAUCAACGAAUGUACAGAAGGAUCUCACGAUUGCCAUCGUGACGCUACUUGUCAGAAUACUGUAGGCUCGUAUAGGUGUACGUGCAAUUCAGAAUACAUUGGUGACGGACUGAAUUGCGAGCCUAAAGGUGGGUAGGACUAUUAUAAAUAUGCCAAGAGUCUGGCAUCAAAAGCUCACGAUCACCGCUUUAAUAGGUUUUUAUCUUACUACUGUAGUGCCCUUUUGGGCAUCUUUCAGUGUCGUUUUUGCCUUCAUCAUGACUUAACACUGUUGUUUUGGAAAAAAUCUGGGCGAUAACCUCUGAGUAUGAAUGCAGCUUAGUUAAUGACUGCGUUGGCACAAGGGUUACAGGCAAGUUUCACAUACAAUCAUCUAUUAUUCUAAGCUGUUUGUCUGUCAUUUUUAUACCCAGAAUGUAGCAGCUACAAGAUUUUAAAUUCUUAUCGAAGGAACAAAUCUUAUAAGUCAAGUUCACCAUAUAAAUGCGACGAUAAACUGAAUACGAAGUGGUUCCGUUUUACUGGAGCCGCAGGUACAAGAAUGCCAACUUCAUGUGUCACUUUUAAAAGAUGUGGCGGAAAGAGACCAGGUUGGUUGAGUGGUGGUCAUCCCAACAAAGUUGACGGCAGAGUGUCUAGGACGGUUUAUUUCCGCUCGUCCAAUGACUGUAAAGUUAGAUCGAAGACUAUUCAAGUUAGAAACUGCGGUUCUUAUUAUGUCUACUACUUAAGCGCUGUAGACUCUGGUUCAAAGUGCCAUCGUUUCUGUGGCACUUGA